AUGCCACGGAAACACAGCGGGGACGAAGGCGCCACCGGGCUCUGGAUGAGGACUUCGCCGGGCCACCUCGCCGAAGGCUACGGCAUGAAAGAUGUCGAGUCCGGACGGAAGAUGAUGAACAGCGCGGGAGACGGCUUGCUGUCGCCCACCAACGCCGUCGGUGCCGGUGCUGACGCUUCCGACAGCCACCGUGGGAAGCAGGGAGCCCGGCUCAGUUUGCUCGGCAAGCCGCUCAUAUACAGCGCGCAGAGCGGCCGCAGGAAUGUGCGCUACCGGCGGCUCCAAAACUACCUGUACAAUGUGCUGGAGAGACCGAGAGCCUGGGCCUUCAUCUACCAUGCCUUUGUGUUCAUCUUGGUCUUCAGUUGCCUGGUCCUCUCAGUUUUUUCUACCAUUCCAGCUCAUCAGGACUCCUCCUCUUACUGUCUGCUUAUUUUGGAAUUUGUCAUGAUUGUGGUGUUUGGGUUGGAGUACAUCAUCCGCAUCUGGUCGGCAGGAUGCUGCUGUCGCUACAGAGGAUGGCAGGGACGAAUCCGCUUCGCCAGAAAGCCUUUCUGCGUCAUUGACAUCAUAGUGCUGAUUGCAUCAGUUGCUGUGGUGUCAGCAGGUAGCCAGGGCAACAUCUUUGCCACUUCAGUCCUGCGUAGCCUUCGUUUCCUACAGAUCCUGCGCAUGGUGAGGAUGGACCGAAGAGGGGGUACAUGGAAGCUGCUAGGUUCUGUAGUUUACGCACACAGCAAGGAACUGGUUACUGCUUGGUACAUUGGUUUCUUGGUUCUCAUCUUCUCUUCAUUCCUUGUCUACCUUGUGGAGAAUAAGUUCAACAAGGAGUUUGCCACAUAUGCCGAUGCCUUGUGGUGGGGCACGAUCACUCUCACAACAAUUGGCUACGGGGACAAGACACCAAAGACAUGGACAGGAAGGAUGUUGUCUGCUGGUUUUGCACUGCUGGGCAUCUCUUUCUUUGCCUUACCCGCUGGUAUUUUGGGAUCAGGUUUUGCUCUGAAAGUCCAAGAGCAGCACAGACAGAAGCACUUUGAAAAGAGGAGAAACCCUGCAGCCUACCUCAUACAGUGUGUUUGGCGUAGUUAUGCGGCUGACGAACACUCGGUUUCCAUUGCUACCUGGAAGCCUCACUUGAAGGCGUUGCAUACCUGCAGCCCUACGAAAAGAGAACACGGAGAACCAACUACAAGCCAGAAACUCAGUUUCAAGGAACGAGUGAGGAUGGCUAGCCCAAGAGGUCAAAGCAUCAAGAACAGGCAGACAUCUUCAAUGAAUGACCGUCGUUCUCCAGUGGCAGAGGCUGGUACCGAAGGCACCAGCCCUGCCAAGGUUCAAAAAAGCUGGAGUUUCAAUGAUCGUACACGCUUCAGACCCUCACUGCGCCUUAAAAGCCAGUCGCGUUCCACCACUGAUGAUUCUAACAUGGCGGGAGAGGACGGUUUUGAUGAGAAAGGCUGCCACUGUGAGAUAUCAGUGGAUGAUUUGCUGCCUUCUGUCAAGUCUGCCAUUAGAGCAAUCAGAAUAAUGAAGUUCCAUGUCGCAAAAAAAAAGUUCAAGGAAACUCUGCGCCCUUAUGAUGUGAAGGAUGUGAUUGAACAGUACUCUGCAGGUCAUCUGGACAUGUUGUGUCGCAUCAAGAGUCUACAAACCAGGCUGGACAUGAUUGUAGGCCCACAGCCCCUGAGCAGCCGUGCCAAGACCUUUUCCUCCCCCUCUCUGCCUCUCUAUUACAACCAGGGCAGAAAGAACUCCACCCAAGGGGUGGACCAAAUCCUUGGCAAGGGUCAGAUCCCUCUGGACAAGAAGAUUCGUGAAAAGUUGUUGUCUGAUGGAGAUCUGCUGGAGGACAUGAGCAUGCUGGGGCGUGUUUGUAAAGUGGAGCGCCAGGUCCAGUCCAUUGAGUCGAAGCUCGAUUCAUUGCUCGACAUCUAUCGCCAGGUCCUGCGGAAGGGUUCAACCACAGCACUCACCCUUUCCUCUUUGCCACUGUUUGAGCUGGAACAAACGUCUGACUACCAGUCCUCUGUCUUCAGCAAGGAUCUGUCCUUUCCCAGCCAAGUCAACAGCAACAGCGGCUGUGUCACACACUCCCCGACCAAUCCCCACUUGUCUCAGGGAGGACUCCAUCUCAUCCUGGCGACACCAAAUGAUCUUGACAUCAAUACCUCCAGCACUACACCUCCCUCUGGCCCUACUUCCUCAUCUUUCAGUCCAUCACCAUUGCCACACCAUUAUCAUCUUCACCAAAACAAUUGUCAUCCUCAACACCAAACCCAGGAUCAGUCCACAACACCUGAAAGUGGCAAUGAUGAAACUGUAGGGAGUUUUCCGCCCAUCGUGACGCCAAACAGUACCUGUAGUGGUAGGAGUGGAGGAGCAGCAGAUGGGGAAUUUAGUCUUCUUGCCAAGCUUCCACCACCACCUCCUCCCAACAGGAAUGUAGGUCUUGGCAACUUUAUGCGAGCAUCCUCCAAUGAAAAUUCUCAAAUCGAAGCCUUCUGUGGAAGACUAGGAUUGCAAAUAAAGGACAGUAAUGUUGAGCAGGGAGUUGGCCCGGGUGUGGGUCUGGGGACAAUGGGAGAGCACCCACGGGGUUGUUCCAACAACAAGGGUAGACUAAACACCAAGGAGGAGGGCUCUUGGAGAAGGCACAUGAGCCUUGAGCUGGAGACUGUUGCCCCAGCAAGUCUAAGCUGCUGCUCAGAUCCAAGUCAGGUGGAUCAUAGUUUGGAAAAGUCUAUGUCAGUCCAAGACUUGAUGCAGACAGUCCAGGGCAAAAUGCAAGACACCCACUGCAACAUAUCAUCCCCGGGCUCUUCCAGUGGCUUCCAGAGAAGUUGCCAAGACCUAGCUCGAAGGACAACUGACAAUAGUGGUUGGGUGGAAGAAGACCUUUUUAUCAAUGACAGGGAAGUGGAGAUGCAGGGAUUUGAUUUCCUGCCACAUGGAACAGUUGAAGCUCCCUCAUACUCCUCAGAGCUCUUGAAAAUAGAGGUCAUGGCAAGAGGGGGUAAACAGGGGUCCAACCAGAGUCUGUCCACUGGUCACUUGUCCUCGCCUUCUGCUGGUGGCACUGAAUUACUGAAAAUGCAACGUGUUAGAUUAAAAUAG